AUGAUAAAAUCGGAAUUACCUCCAAGUGCAACAGUUGUUGUCGCACAUCCAACAUUACAAUUUGAACCAACAAAAGAGGUAGACACAUUUAGAAACUAUGAGGAUAGCCAUCUACAGGAUUCAGUGUCGAGAGCAUACAGAAACAGUCAUACCAAACAAACCUAUGAAUAUGCCAAGUCGAAAUUGGAUCAAUACGGUUCGCUGUCGACCGGAAUCAAUAUGUCGGUGUGGGAGGCAGCCGAGCUUCUCAAUACGAUAGUGGAUGAAUCCGACCCGGACUCUGACAUCCCACAGAUCAACCAUCUUCUCCAGACUGCCGAGGCAAUACGUAAGGUCUAUCCGGGAGAGGAGUACGACUGGUUCCACCUCACUGGAUUCAUCCACGACCUCGGUAAGAUUCUCUUGAACCCGCGCUUCAACGAACCUCAAUGGGCGGUAGUUGGCGACACCUUCCCUGUGGGAUGCAGAUUCGAUGAGAGCAAUAUAUUCUAUGAGUACUUCAAAGACAAUCCCGACUACAACAACUCGCUCUACAACACAGAGUGCGGUGUCUACGAGAAACACUGCGGGCUAGAGAAUGUCGUCAUGAGCUGGGGACACGACGAGUACUUCUACCAGAUCACCAACGAACAAGAUCAAGAAAUGUUGGAAUGGGUAAAGAAGUUUAAUAUGUUUGAUCUUUAUUCAAAAGACGCAGAACCUGUAAAUGUUGAAAAACUAAAACCAUAUUACCAAUCUUUAAUCAAGAAAUACUUCCCUGAUACAUUAAGAUGGUAG